GUUUCCACUGGAACGUUGGUAGGCUAAAACACCAACUUACCCUAGUGCCAAAACUUUUUAUUGAUAAUUGAAAAGAGUUUUCUGUUAAGCAAAUUUAUUUUCGAAAUGUCAAACUGCGCAAUUUUAUGGCCAAUGGAAACGCAGCUAAUGGUAGUAGUAGAAAUGUGCUCACUGACUGAUGCUAUGCUAUACUAUCUGAAAGGCUGAACGAGAGACAAAUUCUCAGACUUUUGCCAACAGUUUUUUUGUUGGGCCGCUGAGAGGCAGCCAUGAAUAGAAACCCACAAAUUUCUCUCAAUUCUUAAUUCAAUUGUUUGUGUUAAUGUUUCUAAGAUAUUUGUGUUUAGCUUCCAAGUGAAAUCUGUCGACUUUUAAUUAAAAAUGUAACAGAACAAUCUUCUCAGGGCAUCCUGAGGAGGUAGUGCAAUUUAAAUCAGGUGUGCUGGAAUCAACACAGCUUAUAACUUAAAAAAUAACCAAUUGCAGUGGAAAUUCUUGAAUAAUGAAGGAAAUAAGUGGAUUCUCAACAACCAUGCUGCUACUUCUGCUAUCUACCGUUGGCAUGACAGGGUGCCAUUUGUUGUUUUUUCUUUUUGCAUGUUGGCGUGACUUUUUCAAACUGAUUCCAGACUAGCGCUUCAGAAUAAAGCCACCGUCCCAUCUCUAUGCAGAGUGGCUUGCGUUUGGCAGCAGAGAGAUGAAGGACAGGAUAUGAGCUUGCUGUGUACAGGAACCAGGUGCAUCCUAUUACUCUGUCCUAGGGCAUAGGGGAAAGGGAAUCAUGUGAUCAGGCUUACCUUCUUUGAGUUUAUUUACAGAGAUACUUUCAGAUGCUAAAUGUAUUCCCUAAAUUAAGUAAUUGGAAAAAUGUUACAGAUGACAAGAUAACAGUUCUCAUCAACAGUGAAUGUGAACGUCUUUGGCUGUUACCUACAUGUAACUAGAAGCGUUUGGCCUUCUUUUUCUAUUGAGUGGAGGUGAAACGUAUUAUUUGCUUUCCUGCCUGCUGGCAGUAACUGACCGUAAAAACAAAUGAGAAAGAGAAAUGAUGAUGUGAAGAAGCGGACACAAAUACACUGCAACAAUGAGCUCUGUUACAUGUGGUUUUCAGAUUUUUAAUUGUUCAUUAUUGUGAAAAUGCACAUAGUGUUAAGCAAUACUUCAGCAAAUGGGCUUUAAUUAGUUUGUUGUGGGUACUUGGAGUUGUCUUCCAAUAAGGCUUCCUCUUAGCAUUCCCUCUAUAAUAAUGUGAAUAGAAAAUGAUUAACUUUCAGCAUUUCAGUAGAUGGUUGUUUCAACUGCAACAACAUAAAAGAAAAUAAUUUUAAGACACUAACAUAUUAAAGUCGUCAGGUAAGUUGUAAACACUUCUUCCAUUUUCUUUCUCCACUGCUGCCAAUUAAAUCUCACCUCGGAUCACUCAACCAUGAAAAAUGCAAUAUUGCAUAUUUCAGAUUCAAGAUCCAACUAAGAAAAAAACAAAAUAACUAACAAUCAAAUACUUUACUAUUAUUUAAUCAUGUUUUUGUACAUAUGAGCACUCUAAUUUCUAUCCUAUUUUAUUAUUCUUUUUUUUCAUUCUCUACAGGCUGUUUUGCCUGUUUCUGCUGUGGGAUCAAUAUAGUCUUGUGCUUCAAAGCAACACUAAACUUUCCAGGAUCCAGCACUCUGUGAAUAGCCGGUUUCUUUUGAAAUUACCCUCCGUCCUUGUGCUGAAAGGAACUAGUUUGCAUUUUCAAUAUGCAGUAUAAAAUUGACACUUGUCAAUGUCCAUUUUAUUUGUAAAACACUUUAAAACAACAGGUUGUACAGCACUUGUAAUCAUUGGACAACUUCCCGUUGUUCUUGGCACAUUUGGACCUUGAACACUUUUUAAGAAGAGACAAAUAUUAUUUUUUCUAACCUAAAAUUAAAAAUGGCAGCAGGGCAUUUGGUGUGUCUCAGCCCAGGUUAAGAGGCUCUUUAGCAAACGCUGCAGCUGGGUUUUAAGGUUGCUUAGCAACGUCGAGCCCACUAGACGUUAGCUUUCAGCGCUGUUGGAGGUUGUCGGCUUCCUUACCCGCGUGUUGUACCCCGGGUUGGGGACAGUUAUCCCUGCCUCAGGGACCCGCCUGUUUCUCCCACCCACCAGCCUCCGCCCAGCCCACUGCCCAUCCAGUUCAGCACGGCAGAGCAACCGGACACGUCUCAGAAAGCUCCGCUCUUUACCCCAGAGGGCCGCGGGAGGCAUUUGUCCGUACAUCUGGUGGUCUGCUGCGGCGGAGAGCGGCAGGGAGCACCGCGGGGUUUGGGGACGCGGUGGCCCGAGCGACGACUCCCCGCUGGAAGACAGCGAGACGACGGGAAAAUAGUUUUAAAGAGACAGCCUGGAGAACGAAACUUUUUCUGUGGCGUCUUAUUCCUGCAAGACGUGCUCCACAGCGCCAACCCAGAGAAGCUUAAAGUGACCUGCAGUCAUGAGUCCCCGCUGCAGAGUGAACUUCAACACUAUGAUUUUUCUGGUUGUCCUGCAGGGGGCAGCAGUUGUGCUCUUCUGCAACUGGUACUACCAGCUAAGCCCCUGCGACUCCCCUCCCCGAAAAGGCAAAGUUCACGUUUUGCUGCUGUCGUCGUGGCGAUCAGGUUCAUCCUUCCUGGGUCAGGUUUUCAGUCAGCACCCGUCUGUUUUCUACCUCAUGGAGCCCGGGUGGCACGUUUGGACCAAAAUAGAGAAACCUGGUGCACGAGUUCUCCGAAUGGCUGUGAGGGAUCUAAUGCGGAGCUUGUACCAGUGUGACUUCUCAGUGAUGGAUUCGUACAUGCCUGAGAACUACAAUAUGUCCACCUUGUUUAUGUUUCACCACAGUCGGGCACUGUGCUCACCUCCUGCAUGCUCCCUCACACGGCGCAGUGACAUGAGCAAUGAGACUCUUUGCCAAAAGAAAUGUGAUUCUCAAGGUUUGGAGAAGGUGGAGAAGGCCUGCCACACUUACAGCCAUGUGGUUUUAAAAGAAACUCGUUUUUUUGAGCUGGAGUCCCUUUAUCCCCUUUUUCGAGACCCAAACCUGGACCUCCGCAUCGUUCACCUCGUUCGAGACCCGCGGGCCGUGAUACGGUCGAGAGAGGAAUCAGCCAAAUCUUUUGACGUGGACAGCGCCAUCGUCUUGGAGCAAAGAAACGUACCAGCAGCCAGUGUCCAGUACGAAGUGAUGCAGGAGAUCUGCAGGAGCCACGUACGCAUCAAUGAAAGAGCAAUCCUGAAGCCACCUCCGUUUCUGAAAGGUCGCUACAAAAUGAUUCGGUAUGAAGACGUGGCACGCAACCCGCUGAAAGAGAUUAAUGAUAUUUAUGACUUUGUCGGUUUAGAGAUGACCAAUCAGAUGGAGGAAUGGAUCUACAAGGUGACCCACGGAAAAGGGAAAGGCAGCAAGAAAGAGGCUUUCCAGAUCACCUCUAGGAAUGCCAAUGAGGUGUCGCAGGCGUGGCGCACCUUGCUGCAACACAGCAAGGUCAAACGCAUUCAGGAUCUGUGCAAAGGGGCCAUGUCGCUGCUCGGCUACCGGACAGUUGACAGCGAAAAAGAGCAGAAGAGACUCGACAUAGAUCUGCUGGUUCCACGUGAACCUUAUGAGUUCAGCUGGAUUUCAGCUAAAUCUCAGCGCACAGGGAGCAGCUAGAGCAUCACGCCUCCUGUUUCAGGUCCUCUCAGACGCAACAAGCUUGAAUGGUCUCCCUGUCGCUGGUAAAGCAUGGCUUUGUGAGAUACAGACACCUCAGACUGCCUGUCUUCAAGAUUUGAA